CUUAUGACUAUCAGAUGGACUAUGUAUAUUCUUGUUUUCGUCUUCUUUCUUCGGAACUACUUCGCGGGAUUCCAACCUGGGCGAGUCCCUCCCGCUUUCGGACUGCCCAGCCGACCGUUUUCCGCGCAAUCGGGACAUUUUAGAGAAAUCACGCCCAGCUUGCCGCACCGGAAACAAAAUCUCCUCCACUCCGUGGCCUCGCAAUCUUGGAAUCCGUGUUCUGCUGCAGGCGUGAGGCGAGUUGCUGCAUCGCAUGGAUGUAGUCAUCCGCGCUCUCUCCCGGCUGUUGCUCACGUUGAAGAAGCUCGUGCAUCCUUUCGUGUUCCGUCUGGUGGCCACGGAACCGAUCCAUCAGAGCCCUGCGCAGCUGGGCCCAAGUGUCCACUCUGGACUGGCGUACAUGUACCCAGUACCACUCCUUCGCUCUGCUCGAUAAGAGAACGUGGAAGUUGCGCAGAACUUCACUCCACGGACGUUGAUGCUGCCGCUGCAGGAGCUCCAGACGGAACACGAAGUCGUCCACGGAAUGGCCAUCGUCCUCGCCGCCGAAUGAGAGGUUCCAGCGGUCCACUCGGAUGUAGCGGUUUCCGUUGCCGGCUCCCGCGUUGGCGUAUAACCGCGGCUCGUCCCGAAAAUCCGCCGUCCUUCGGUCCUCGAUGCGCCAUGGUUCUCCGGUUCCUGGCUCAGGCUGCUGUCGAUCCCUGGCGAGUCAUUUACCGGCAGUCGAGGUCGCUGCCUGGGCGGCAGUUCCGGUGGCCUUCGGUCGCAUCCUCCUGUAUCCUGCCGCUGCUGAAUCCCCGCUGGGCCAUUUGCGCCGCCUUCUGGACACGACGGGGUGGGCACCAUCGACACUUGGCGACUCGCGCCCUCCUGAAGCGGCUGCGGCUUGCUCUCGGCUGGCCUCAGGACGUCGUUCAACAACUUCAUCAUGUCGACGAAUCCGUUCUUGAUUUCUUUCCGCAACGCCUGGCUCACUCCUAACUCCUGUGAUGCGCGAUAGGUUUGGGCAGCCUGUGCCAGAGCUGCGUUCAUCGCCGACUCCGCCGCUGUAUCCCGUUCCGUGUUCAGCUUUUGUGGUGCCGUCUGCUCCGGAACCAGAAGUCGAUCGUGCGCCUCGACGAUUGCCUUGAAGUCCAGGACCCUGGGCGACCGGUGGUGCUCCAGAUCCGCCGGUUGAUCCCCCGCACUGCCGCCUACCGGCGUUCUGGGUAAACCCCCAGCCAGCGAUAUCCGCGGCAACCCAGCGGCACCCUCUACGUCCGUGGACCAAACAUCGUCCUUGUCGUCGCCAGGAGGACCCAUCGAUCUGAGCUGGUGGCCGUGCCUAUCCCUGACGUCCCUACCCUCGGACAUACUUCCCAAGAAUUUUUAAAUAAAUACUUAAUAGCUACUAAUACGAUAAAAAAUA